GCCUUGUAAGUUUCAGUCAGACAGAUAAGACUGGUGCGAGCACUCAACGGGCCUGGUUAUAAAGAUAGAAAGAGAGCAAAAGAAACAUUUUAGAGUGGCUGAUGCACUUAGGCUUCAUCUGGAAGACCAGGAGAGAACUUACAGACUUAUUCUUGACUUUGGAUCCAGAUGUUUGAGAAGAUUUUAUCUGAAAACUACAAGAAUAUAACAGGAGAUCAGAGGCAGAGAAUUACUAGAUUUGUGGACAGCACAUCAGAAUAUGCACAUGAGGUAAUGGAGGAGUGACAAAGGAUGUUUACACAGUAAUACUGAGACCAAGCAGGAAGAGGUGUGCUCACAGUUCAUGUUUAUGGUCUGGGAAGAGAAAACCAACAGUGAAUGUUUGUCCAAGAACCAAAAGCCACCUGAGGAGACAGCUGCAGGAGACAAGACUCCAAGAGGAAUCGGCUCACUGAGCUUACUUGGUUCAUUUAACAGAUUUUGACUUCUUGUUCUUGAUUUCUUGACGCUCACUUUGAACCCUCUCAGUCAUGUCACGAGAAGGAGAGUUGAGCUACACCGAAGCCAUUCAGAGGGCUGAGGCUUCUAUCACUCGUUUCCCUCUCAUUCCAGUGAGAGGGAUCCCUCUCAUGAACUACAUUGCAGAGAACUGGGAUUCCAUCUGGGCUUUCCGUCCUGAUCCUUCAGACCUCCUCAUUGCUACUUAUCCUAAAGCAGGGACCACAUGGACCCAGGAGAUAGUUGAUCUACUUUUACACAAUGGAGAUGCAGAGAUCUGCAAGCGAGCCCCCACACCGGUCCGCAGCCCUUUCCUAGAGAUCUGCUCCCCACCCCCCAUCCCCUCAGGUCUUGAUCUCCUGAAGGAAAUGGACCCCCCAAGAGUUAUCAAGACGCAUCUUCCUUUUCAGCUGGUGCCUCCUGCAUUUUGGGAAAACAAGUGCAAGGCGAUCUACGUGGCACGCAAUGCCAAAGACAACCUGGUGAGCUACUAUCAUUUCGACUGCAUGAACCUAACCCAGCCGGAGCCGGGGCCGUGGGGGGGCUACAUCCACAAGUUCAUGCGAGGAGAGUUGGCGUGGGGUUCCUGGUAUGACCACGUGAAAGGAUACUGGGCGGAGAAAGAGAAAAGAAACAUCCUGUACAUCUUCUAUGAAGACAUGAAGGAGAAUCCUCGGCGUGAGGUGGAACGCAUCAUGAGAUACCUGGAUCUGUCAUUACCUGAUGAGAUUAUCAGCAAGAUUGUGGAGCUCACUUCAUUUAAAAACAUGAAGGACAACCCGAUGGCCAACUACUCCUGUGUUCCAGCGCCUGUUUUUGAUCAAUCCAUCUCCCCCUUCAUGAGAAAAGGUGAAGUUGGUGACUGGACAAACCAUUUCACACCUGAACAAUCAAAGAUGUUCGAUGAAGAUUAUGAAAAGCAAAUGAAGGAUGUUAAAAUACCUUUCAGGACCCUCAUCUAAAGGAUUAGAGGUUUUCCACUUUGCUGCAGCUUUACAAACCAAAGACAGAUGAACUGACAUGUACUAUCGGAAAUGUUGGUACUAGCUGAAUGCCCAAAAAAAUAAAAUGAGAGAAUCUGAUGCUGUUUGGCUCACUUUUCAGGCUAAACAAUAUAAUUAGUGCACCUCUUGAUUUGUAUAGACAAAAUCUGCCAAAUGUAUGAAUAAAAACGUGCUCCACAAUUCCAAAAGAUGAGUUUGUAAUCAUCACUUUAUUGCAGCUUAUAACGUAAACAAUAUAUAUAUAAGACCAAAAGUGUUGUGACUGAGUGGACAUGUCCAUUUAUGUCAUGAGACCUUCAACAGAGUCCACUGACUGCAUGGAGCCUAUAGAGAGUGCUGGCAGCUGGAGGCAUGUGGUUUUUCUGCCCAUAUGAAGUCAUUUUGCAACCCUACACCACACUGUACAGUGCCCAGUCGAAAGAAAGCAGGGAGGCUGCACAAGACACAGGCAAACACAGACUAAAGUCAAAGUAAUGAGCUGGAAAGUCAAUCAUAUGAAAAUGGACAGAGGACACAAAAACACAACAGGUGAGAAUAUCCAAGUUUAACAAAAAAUCACUUUUUAAUACAUACUUUAUUUCUUAGAAUAAAAUCUUAAAUAUUUUAAUACUUUAUCAACAGGGAUACUUCCCUUCAUUUUAAGUCGAUAUCUUUUCUUAUAUAGCUAUUUUUAUGUAGAUUUUUUUUUAAACAAGUUUUAUUUGGUUUUUUUUGUACAUUUUAUUGUGUUUUCUCCUCUCUCUUCUACUGGUUGGCUCACUAUGGCUCCCCUCUUUGGAUAUGAUCUUCCCCUCUCGCUUCUCCGUCUCGUUCUCUCCAACCCUUAAGAUCCACUUCUUCUACAUCUCUAUUUAGCCUCUUUACCUAGUGGAGAGGGAAGUGAUGAGUUAGAGGGGGAAAAGGUUUCACUCAAUGGAAACAGAACAAAAUGAACCCGUCAGACAAGUACAGCUGAAACAAUCUUUGCAAACAAUGACUGAUGAAUAAUGCAGGCAAAAAAAAAAAAUCUCAAGCAUGAAAAUUCUUCUUCAGGGCAGGUCAUGAGGAAUGGGUUGUUGGUAGGCCUACAUCCGGUAAUUCUCAGGUCUGUAUAGGAGCAAAUUAAGAAAUCAUAGGGCCCUGAGCAAUAAGGUCCUAUGGCCCCUCAACCACCCAACUUACAUUGAAUAUACAUCAUGUAAAGGGGGGUUUGGGGGCCCCUCCCCUGAGAAAAUUCAGAAAAUUAUAGCUCCUAAAGUGCCUUUCCUUUUAAUUUCAGAUGGAAACUACUUGUUUGAGUAUUGCACAAAUACAGUACAGUUCUGCUCAUUAAUCCACCACUGGAUCUGCAUUAGGAAGUAUGAGCUGACCUUUCAGUGGUGAUGUAAUAAGGCUUGGUUUGGCCUUUCACUUCCCAUAAAUAAGAGGUCAGGGCCAAAACAACAUUAACACAUAUAAUCUUAUUUUUUCGCUGCUGUUUAAUUCACAUUGGACAACUAACUCUAUGUCUAGAAUCACUUUGA